AUGGACGAUAAUGAUCAAGAACAAACCCACCUCCCACCAUUCAAGAAACCCAAUCAGAAACUCAGGGUAAAGCUCAAGUUUCACAAAAUCAAACAACAAGAACAAGAUCAAGAACAAGGGGAUUUGGGAAUUGGGCCACAGAUUGGGCCGCAGAAGAACGACGAGCCACGGGUGUGUCACGUGUGCAACAAAGGGUUUAGCUCCGGCAAAGCAUUGGGGGGUCACAUGAGAGUUCACGUCCAAGCCAACAAAGAGGAGCAACAGAUGAAGCACAAUGACGAUAGUGCCCAUGCUGGAAACAGAGCAAUCUGUUCCCUCUGCGGGAAGAACUUCCCGUCAAUGAAGUCGUUAUUCGGCCACAUGAGGUGUCAUCCAGAGAGAGAAUGGAGGGGUAUCCAACCACCGCAACCACCUCCGGCUCCAGCCCCGGCGGUGGCCAAGAACAGCUCUCCGGCGUCCUCUGUUUCCGACCAGAUUGACUUGGCUGAGUCUUUGAGGGGUUGGUCUUCCACCGCCAAGCGCGGCCGGAAAGCCCUAAUCGCUGAUGAUCCGCCCGCGGAGGAGGAGCGGUUACACGAGGCCGUACAAUAUCUCAUGAAGCUAGCUCACGGCGAUCCUUUCGAUUCGGGUUUAAGUCCGACUCGUGAAAACAGGGUUGAUGAUCACGAGGGUGGAAACGGGAAUUUAACCGAAAUGGAGGUGUUUGAAUCGAAGAAGAGAGGAAUUGAGGAGUCAUUGGGUGGAUACAAUGUGGGUUAUGAUCAUCCUGUGAAGAAACUGAAAAUUGAGGAAUUAAGUGGGUCCCCUGAAGGUAACAAGAAUCUGGAGAAGGGCAAAGGAAAGGCUAUUGAGCUGGGUGAUAUUCAAGAUUGUGAGAAAUUUGUAGAAGAUGAUGAAACUGAGAGCCAAAACUCAGAUUACAGUAUACCCAGUGGAAAUCUGAUUGUGAAUUACAAGGGCAGUGGUCAGAUGAAGAGUAAGAAGAAGAGGAAGAAGCUGAAGUUGAGAGAUUUGGGCAGUCCUGGUGUUGAUAAGCCAAGCCCAGUGUACAAAUGCAGCACUUGUGAUAAGUGUUUCCCAACUCACCAGGCAUUGGGUGGCCACAGAUCAAGUCACAACAAAGUCAGGAGCAUUCAUCACGAGGAUAAUGAUAUCCAUGUUCCCAAUCAUCCUCCUGCAACCGGAGUCGAUGAGUUGAAGGAGAAUGAAGAAGGUGGCGGUAGCGGUGGAGGUGGUGGUUUAAAGGUGGUGGCAGAGAGUCCUACCCACCAAUGCAAGAUAUGUAACAAGAAUUUUCCCACUGGCCAGGCUCUUGGGGGCCACAAGAGGUGCCACUGGAGUGGCCCACUUGAGGCCCCGCCAAGUCAAGUCGGGUCACCUGGUGAGGCAAGUCAUACGGGUCGGAAAAUUCUAGGGUUUGAUCUCAAUGAAGUCCCUGCCAUGGAGGAGGAGGUUGAGUCUGAACAUCAUGCGGCAGCUGGUUAUGGUCAUGCUUCUUCCUCAUAUAACUCUCAGUAG